AAAGCGCUCUUUACGUCCUGCAAGGUGCCUUCUUCUUCUUCUGUCCUCAUGCAUCGCGUCUUUGUUUACGGCUCCCUAAAGAGGGCGCAGCCAAACUACCCUCUCAUAACAGACAGCAGUAAUGGAAAGGCGGAGCUCCUCGCCACAGCUACAACCGUCCAGAAGUACCCACUGGUGAUCGCUACUCAGUACAACCUCCCCUUCCUCCUUAACCUCCCGGGACAAGGCCACAGAGUCCAUGGAGAGCUCUACAGAGUGGACGAUAAGAUGCUGAAAUACCUGGACUGGUUCGAGAACAUCCCCACCAUGUACCAGCGGACUGCAGUAGAGCUGGAAAUCAACGAGCUGGCAGACGUGGCGGACAACGAACUAUCGCCUGGGAACAUCACUGAGGCGUCUGUGUACAGCACCACCACCUACCAGCCGGACUGGCCCUCGCUGCCGGCGUACCAGAGCUACGACUCCAACGGAGACCACGGCCUGAAGUUUGUACUGAGGAAGGAUCGCCAGUAGGCCUCAGCGCAGCGAUGUUAAUGACUUCAACCUCUGUGCAAAGCUAAGAAUUACUGAAAGAAAAUCACCAAUGCAACUGAGGAAGUUGUCCAUUUAUGUUGAUUUAAAAACAGAUUAAGCACUUUUCUACAGGUCUGUACAUAAGUCUUUGAGUCAUACCUGCUUUUGUUGUUGAUUCAUAUAAGUCAGGUUAUCUUUUUAUUUAGUUGUUUUGAGCACUUGUUUGCCGAUAAAACUGACAGUGGAUAAAUGAAGUGAUCCUAAUAUUGCCUUAAAUCCAGAAAAAAAUGUCUCAAUUAUACUAGCAGAUGGACAAAUUUAUCCUGAAUAUGAAACUGUGUAAAAAUGUGACUGGUAAUAGUGUUUUGAAUGUUUUUCUAUGUGUUUUUGUAAGCCAGAUUACGGACUUUUCUACAGUUCUGUACAUAAGCCUUUCAGCCAUACUGGACAAACAGGUGAAACACAAAGACUAGAGUCUGGUGAUCAGAGGCUAAAGUCUUUGGAUGUAAUUUAUUACGCCAUGUUUCACCUGAAAAAUACAAGAUCUGUCUAGUUUAUAAAGAAACGCCUUCAAGUUGCCAUGACCAAGAAAGGCUAUUAAGUAUUUAAUACGUUUCUGUAAGUGUGAUCAUUGUUCAUGUUUUUUACCAUAACUUUGUGCAGUAAUUCGUUCUGAUUUCUUUAUAUGUGUUUCUGCAAUUUCC